CAGGACACAAUCUUUCGUAAAUCGUUACCGUUGGAGCCCAUUAGGCUACACAUCUGACACGCUUUCGUAGCUGAUCUUUAAGCGUGUUUUUUACUCAGACAUAAGAAUUGGAGUAAUCGCUGAGGAUGCAAGGUGCAAUAUCUGAAACAAGCAUUGAAGAAUCUACAAUGAGUGUCCUCUUGUUUUUUUCGACAACGACCUGGGGUCUUCUUCUGUUGUUUCUAAGCUUGGUGGUAGUGUACGGUUACUGGCCCUAUGGAGUCUUUAAAACAUUGGGAAUUCAGGGACCAAAACCCUGGCCUUUUGUAGGAACACUUCCCGAGUACCGAAAGGGUUUCCACAAUUUUGACGUGGAGUGUUUUAAGAAAUAUGGCAGAAUAUGGGGUUUCUAUGAUGGCAGACAGCCAGUGAUGGCCAUUAUGGAUCCUGCAAUGAUCAAAACUAUUCUGAUCAAGGAGUGCUACUCUCUCUUCACCAACAGAAGAAACUUCCGUCUGAACGGUCCCUUAUACGAUGCCAUCACUGUUGUGGAGGACGAAGAGUGGAAGAGAAUCAGAAGUGUUCUUUCUCCCUCUUUUACCAGUGGCAGAUUGAAAGAGGUGUUUACAAUUAUGACACAACACUCCGAAAACUUAGUUAAGAGUCUACAGAGAAAGGCUGACAGUGGGGAAGCAGCAGAAAUGAAGGAGUUCUUUGGUGCAUACAGUAUGGAUGUUGUCACCAGUACGUCCUUCAGUGUUGACAUUGACUCUCUCAAUAAUCCCAAAGAUCCAUUUGUCACCAACAUCAAGAAAAUGCUCAAAUUUGACCUGCUCAGUCCUCUUUUUAUCUUAAUAGCAUUCUUCCCUUUUUUGGCUCCGCUUCUGGAGAAAAUGGACUUUGCCCUCUUUCCAACAUCUGUGACAGAUUUCUUUUAUGCUUCUCUUCAAAAAAUAAAGUCAGAACGUGAAACGAAUGUUCACAAGAACCGUGUGGAUUUUCUACAACUGAUGGUGGAUUCCCAGAUACCUGAAAAGGGUACUACCCCAAAUGGAAAUCAGCCACUAAAAGGACUUACUGACCAUGAAAUUUUGUCUCAGUCAAUGAUGUUUAUUUUUGCUGGGUAUGAGACCAGCAGCAGCACUCUCACAUUCCUGGCAUACAACUUGGCGACCAACCCUGACAUCAUGAAAAAACUGCAAGAGGAGAUUGACCAGGUCUUCCCAAACAAGGCCCCAGUGAGAUAUGAACCACUAAUGAAAAUGGAGUACUUGGAUAUGGUUUUGAAUGAGUCUCUGAGACUCUUCCCCAUCGCUGCUCGUCUUGAAAGGGUUUGCAAGAAGACCGUUGAGAUCAAUGGAGUGACCAUCCCUAAAGGGACUGUGGUCAUGAUGCCAAUUUAUGUCCUGCACCGUGACCCCAAAUUGUGGUCAGAACCUGAGCUCUUCAAACCUGAGAGGUUUAGCAAGGAGAACAAAGAGAGCAUAGACCCCUAUGUCUACAUGCCAUUUGGAGCUGGUCCUCGGAACUGCAUUGGGAUGAGAUUUGCCGUCCUCCUCAUUAAACUGGCUGUGGUUCAGGUUUUACAGAACUUCAGCUUUGCUGUUUGUGAUGAGACAGAGGUACCAGUGGAGCUGGAUGUUCAAGGACUAAUUGCACCUAAAAACCCAAUAAAACUGAAACUUGUUCCACGCUGCAGUGUAAACAAUGAGGAAUAAAUAGGUGAGAGUGGGUUGGAAAUUAGGCCUUUAUAUGUGAAUAUAUUGCAAAACUGACCUACAUACUGAAGUUAUACUGUACACACAAAUUUUUAAAUAAAUGAAUAUGAUCAUUUCUUGUUAGUUGUGCAUUUGACAUUUAUUUCUGAUUAUUUUCUGUAACUGUAAGUGAUUAUUUACUGUUAAAACAAUAAUCAAAACAGCUUGACUUAACAUUCUUUAGAAAUCCUUAUUUGACUCUAUAUCAUCAGUGGGAUUCAUUCUAUUUUGCCAAAUACUCAUCAUUUUAAUGUUUUUCUUUUUUGUAUUUUGAUACCUCUUUUACUUUUAUUGAUACAUGCUGUGUUGUGUAAACAUCUCUUUCUAUCUUCUCUUUUACUAAAGUACCAUCUGUGUUGCCUUUUUCUCUUGGAUUAAGUAAGUACCACCAAGUUACAGAAUGCAGUGACUUUGGUUUAGCAUGUAAAUGAGGGCACUGCAAAAAAGCAAAAAUAAAAUGUUGAACGCUAAAGUUUGUUUUCUUUCU